AUGAGCGCCAAGUCCACGAUCCCGCAGGCCCUGUGGGAUCUGCAGAUCCCCGUCUACAUCACGCACACGUCGCUCCCCAACACGCCCUUCGUCGCCAGUGUGCCACGCUUCAGCUAUCUGUCCCUGCUGCUGCCCCGACUGUCGUCCUAUUUUGGUCUUUCCUGCUCCAGCUUCCAUCACGAGGAUGUGCUGCUGCGCAACCUGACCGUCGGCUUGCUCGUCGACCUGUACCAGCCCACCCUUCCGUGGCGUCUGACGGUGGGCGACGGCAUGAGCUGGGAUAUAGGCGACACUUUCCUCAACAGCGCCAAGGAGGCGGACUUCGUGCGGAACGGCAACGCACAGCAGAUCAUGUCACUGUCAAAAGAAAACACAACGGCGCUCUGGAAUGCUGUGAGAGACAAUGACUACCCGGCUUUCAACAAGGUGAACUCGCGCCUCCUCAACACAUCCCGGCAGCUCCGGAACGUCCCCAUCCGGGUCUAUAUCCCCCAGUCGCCCGAGGGUAUCAAUGCCGCCAACGGAGCGGGCUCCUUCAAGGUCGUCCAGUCCCUGGUCCAGCCGCGCUUGGGUGAGCGGGCGCCGCAGACGCUCGGAGCCGCGCUGAGGGAUCUCCUGCCGAAGCUCUUCCCGAGCAGCCGGGACCCCGUGCUCGCCAAUGUCCUGCUGCACGGCGCACACGUGCCAUUUGGCGCCCCGCUGGAGGAGCUGAUGCGCGACGCCGCGUACCCGGAUGGCUGGAUCUGCCUCGUUGUGGUCCCGCUGGACGUGUAG